GGUAGUAACUAUAUAGUAAUUUUGUUCUUGUACAAUAUUGUACUUUGGUUAUAUAAAAAUAUUAAUAAUAUAUUAAUAUUAAUAUUAAAUACAUGUACUAAAAUGGAUAUUAAACCAGGAAGUCCUUAUGAUAUUAACGGUGCAUGUUUCAAUGCAGAAAUGUAUGUCAAAAAAGUACUUAAGGAGUCAAAUUUAAAACAAGUUAUAGACCAUGAAAGAGAAAUACAUCAAGAUAUUCAAUCUUUACAUUCUGACAUGCAAACUUUAGUUUAUGAAAACUAUAACAAAUUUAUUUUGGCUACUGAUACAAUUGGAAAAAUGAAAAAUGAUUUUAAAAGCUUAGAAGAAGAUAUGGAAAUGCUUUUAUCUAAAAUGGAUGAGAUUACUCAUACAUCAGAAAUAAUUACAUCAAAUUUGCAUGCUAAUCGAGAUGAAAUAUCAAAACUUUCAGAGACCCAUACAUUAUUAAAACGUUUGCAAUUUGUUUACACUCUACCUACAACAUUAAAUAAACUUUUAACAAAAGGAGAUUAUGCACAGGUUGUUCAAGAAUAUUUACACGCUCAACGAGUUUUAACACAAUAUGGGAAUCAAGAAUCCUUAAAGGGAAUACUUAAUGAUUGUAAUAAUAUAGUGAAUGAACUAAUGAAAAUUUUAUAUAGCCAUUUAAGAGAUAAAGAUAUUACUGGUAAAGAAUUAACUAAAUCUGUUAAUCUUUUACUCCAACUUGAUGAGCCAGUUUUAUCACUUUGCAAAGAAUUUUUGUUACACUCAAAAAAUCGUCUAUUUGAAUCAUUGCACGUACUUGAAUUGCAAGUGGAAAAUUUAAAUCAAGAUAUGAUUGAAUUCAUUGAUUUAGGAAGCGACACUUUCUUUAGUCAAUUGUGCAUGGUAAUCACAUCAUUCAAUGAUAUGUUUAUUGAAAACCUAUCAAAAAAUGAUGAAAAUGAAGAGAUCGAAAUCAGUAUAAAUCAAUUAAAUGUGUUUGUUGAAGAAAAUAUGAUUCGAUACUUGGAAAUAGUUCAAUGUUAUAUUGAUAAAAAUACAAGUGACACAGCGAUCCUAGUUAGAGCUUUGGAUAGAUUUUACAGGAAAAUUCAAGCAAUUGGAAAAUUGUUUUCCUACAAAGAUUUUACACUGAAUGCUUUAGAGAUUAUUUCUUCUGCUGCACAUCGUCAAACUAAAUUACACUUGGCUAUGUUAAAAGCGCAUUUCCAUGAUAAACUAGCAACUGUACGUCAAUCAUUAGUGUCUUUACAAAAAUUAAAUGAUAAUGGAUUUGCAAUGGAAUCCUUAGCAUCAUUAACAUCAGAUGUAAUAGAAAAAGUUAAAGGAAUUUUACAAGAUAUUUCUGCAUUUUUAGAACCAGAAGUAUCAUUUUCAACCAAUCAUGCUCUUCGAAAAUCCAUUAGUGUUGAUAAUGUACGCGAAGGACUUGUUGUGGAAUUUUUACAUUAUUUAUCUUCAGCUGCUCGUUCUUAUACUAUAUGCAUACCUUGCCCACCUGCUUUUCUUUUCCUAAUCAUGACAAAAAUGUGUCUCGAAUAUCAAAUGUCUGGUAUUAGUUAUUUGUUACAAUUAGUUGAUGAAACUUAUGAGAUUAAUAAAUAUUUUGAAAUCAAAAACAAGAACUCAUCUCAACUUAGCUCUGAAGUUGAGCUGGCAUCAGAUAUGCAUUCUGCUGCUCAAGAUCUUGUUAACUAUUAUGUCCGUGUUGAAGGACUAUCCAUAUCACAAAUGUUAAAGAAAUCAGUCGAAACUCGUGAUUGGCUUCAUAGUUUAGAACCAAGAACUGUGCGUGCUGUUAUGAAACGAGUGGUUGAGGAAAUUACAUCUGUAGAUAGUCAAGUUGGUGAAUUAUUUGAAGAAGGUAUGCGAACAGACAGAAGUAGUGAUUCAAGUCGUAGGACUCAAAUGUCUAGGCAUAUUAGAGCAUGGUCAUCUGGUGGAACAGCUGCAAAUACCCAAACAUUUUCCGCCAUUAAUAGAUUAUUUUCAGAACGCAUAGACAUAUUUUCACCUGUUCAAUUUUCAAGAGUUUCUAUUACAACAGGCAUUAUUAAAAUAAGUCUAAAGACACUUUUAGAAUGUGUUCGUUUAAGAACAUUUAAUCGCUAUGGACUUCAACAGGUUCAAGUUGAUAUUCAUUAUUUACAACUUUAUUUGUGGCGAUUUGUUUCAGACGAAAAUUUGGUACAUUUGCUUCUGGAUGAAAUAUUGAGCAGCUCUGUUCAUAGAUGUUUAAAUCCAGUAUUAAUGGAACCAAGUGUUGUUGAAAUUAUUUGUGAAAGAGGUUAAAUACUUAUAUUCUGUAUUAUGUGAUGUAAUGUAACUGUUUUUAUUUUUUUAAAUUAUAUUAUACUAUAUUGUUA